UCCUGCGAUUAAUUAUUUGAAGACAGCUAUUCAAGAUUUCUGAAGUGGUCUUUGAUCGUAACAGAUUCAUUUCGCGCAAAGUUUGGAAAGUGGGUACGAGCUAGAAACAUUGUGACAUUGUUCUGUUUGAGAUUUAUAUUUCUUGGAGUAACAUCCAUUACAUUUACCACAAUGUAAGGUGUAAGAACAAUGCCUGAGCAAAUGAGCACCGAGAAGUUCAUCAGAGCUGAGCGGAAAAACCGCCUGGAGAUACACAAACUCGGUGUUACCACGCGGCACUUUGAGAAAGAGACGGUACGCUUGAAUUAUGACAUUGACCGAGAAAAACGCAGCAUCACUAAGGCGUUUAAGGGCGUUAUAAAGACGUCUGGGGCCAGCGAUCUUGGAAUUCCGCCUAGAAAUGAGAAAGAUACGAGUUACGAGAAGUGUCCAAGCUACAUGCAAGGUUUGAAGCUCAGUAACAAGAGGUUGAUAGAAUGGAGGGAGUGUGAGAGGCAGCUGUUGAAGUUCAUAGAGAACCACGAAGUGGAAAGAGAAAAGCAAAAACGCAAGAAAGUGUUUCCAAAACAGAAUUCGGAAUAUAAUGCGAUUGUGAUUCCUUUGAAGAAGAACGAGGAUUUAGACGAUGACGUGUUUCUUGAUAAUGAUACUGAGAGUGUUACAGCGAGUGAUAAAACAUCACCUACGGAUAUUUUAAAACAUAACCCUGAAGAUGCCAAUGAGAAGUUUGAUAUAAAGAGAUGGGAAGCUGGCGUGAUUGAGAGUUACAAAUCUUCAGUGUGCAAACAUGGCUCCAGCAGUAGACCGGUUAGUGCAACAACUACAUUAAGAUCCAAAUCUUCUCCGCAAUUUUCCAACGGAAAUAAAGAAUUCGAUUCCGGUGAAAAGAAGCGUACGAGACCGCAUACUGCACAACCAAGGUUGAGGCCUUCCUCUAGUCGCUCCGCGGCCCCAACCAGACCAUCUUCAGCGACGGUGGGUAAUGGCAAUGAGCCCCGGUUCCUUAUAACCAAGGAUAGCACUUACAUAAAAACUGGCAAGAGCUUUGAAAAACUGUUGGACAACCGUCCAGUUGACAAACCAGCAAUGAUCAAUAAUUAUCUAGACACGUUGAAACCUCCCACACAGAGUGGGGUAGCAGAAAAAGAGCCAAGCAUUGCAUCCAUGAGUACCCUGUGUCCUGUACAAGAGGGAAACGAAGACGACGAAGCAGACGACACUUUUAAUGACAAUGCAGCAGACGAAAUCACUAGUUUGAAAAAUGAAUCUGAUAAUGGUUAUAGAUCUUAUGGUGCCAGAAAGGUUUCCGAGUCAACGGCAGCUUUAAAACGUAAGUUCCAGAAACAAUUACUGAGUAAAUUGCAACGGGCUCGUUCUGCAAACUCAGGAUCAGCUAACAAUAUUCCACAUAACCCUCGAUCCCAUUUUAAACACUCAAAUUCUGACCUUUCAUCGUAUGCCGACAGUAGUAGACGAUCUCGUCGUAACUCAGAGUCGUCCAGCAUCAUCAGCAUGCCAAUGUCCAGAACCGGGUCAAUCGUGUCAAGUCAUAGACCCAGCAUCUCGCUUGGUAUUCCCGCUGACAUUGACGAGAUAUCGCGAGAACAGGACAAAGUCGCGAGUGAGAUCACGGCAGACAAACCUUUGUCGUCUUGCAAACUUGUGUCAAUCUCAAAAGUGGUACGCGCGGCCAUGACAUUUUCACGGGUGGCGCGGAAGAGAUGUCUUAUGAAGAUGCAGGAGGAGAAUUCAUCAGAUGCUCAUGAAAUUGUGAGGCAAGAACGGCUGAGAAAACUCCAGUCAAGACAGAAUGUGCUCAAUAGUAUUGCUAGUCAGUGGGACGUUGAAUCUAAGCAAGAAAUAAAUAUAGAACAAGUUGAGUAGACCAAGCGCCAAAAUAUAUGUUAAGUACAAGUACGUUAUACAUGUGUAUUUUAGAAGUGCUGCAGUGAGAGUAUAAUUGUUGUACAUGGUAGAUCUAUGAUUUUCAGAAGUUUCAAAUAUCACUUCAUAUUUGUUGCUUGUCAUGGUAAGUUUGGCGAACAUGUCGGACACUUCACAAUUAUUUAACUCAAUGAAUUUUAUCGUAAAUUUCAUUAAACAAUAUUGUUAUAACGUUUCAUUCAGACUUUGCUGUUCAAUAGGACCGAUCGUUUGCUAUAUGGACGGGUUUUAAUGUUGAAUUAAUUGAUGUAAGAUAUAUUUUGUACAUGUUUAACUUGACCCACGGCGUAUUUCCGUAUUUAUUUAACAGAUAUAUAAGAGAGGUUGCCAGUCAUUAACCCGAAGUGAGUUAAAAAAGGGGCCAUUGUUAUAACGGACCAACCAAAACGGGACAAAAACGCACCAACAGUACAUAGAAUAUCACUGACUUUAAAUGAUUGCGAGGUAGAUUUUUUUCUGUAUG